GACGGGUGAUGGGUGAUGGGUGAUGGGAGCAAUUGAGCGUGAGAGCGAGGGUGCGGCUCUUUCCUUUCCAAGUGAAUUUUCUGAUUGGUCAAAACGGGGAGGAGCAACAGAACACGAUGGGAGGAACAUUAUCGUCCCUUCUCUGUAUGAUCUCGGCACGGAACAUUCAAGAAGAAAAGGCACAAGCACCCGAGGGUCCGAGAGCAGUUGUCGGUCUUCUGUUUGGUGGAUGGGCGAUAUUUGGAAGAAAUGGAAUGGGACGGAUAUCAACCCUUUCUUCACUCUCGUAUGACUACAAUACUGUACUGUGCGCACUUCUUCUAUAUCAAACUCCUUCACUCUCACCUUCGCCUUCAACUUCACAACAUUGAUUGUUUUUGGUCAAAUUGGUCAAAUCAAUUCUGUCAAUUUAAAACGUAAAAACAAAAUAAUCUUCUCUUCUCUGCGUCUUACCCCCUCUUCUUCCUUCAAUUGUCAAACCUUCUACCCUCAAACCUGAACCUUUGGAGUUUGCAUUCGAUCUUUAUUGAGAUCGCAAACUCAACCGCCCUUUCCAAUACCUUCUUCGAAUAAAUACGCAAGCCAUUCGAAAAGGAUCCCGAUAGUCAAGUCUUCACCAUGACCGACCAUUCACAACAACAGUCCGCCAUCUCCAAUUCUUCCUACUAUAGCACGGCAACUGCCAAGCCAAUUCCUGCACCUCCAUCGGUUUCCAGCGCUCCGCCAGGAUGGCUCUACAAACGUAUUCGCGUUGGUAAAUACCGUCUCCCGUAUUACGCGUCGCCACAAAUUCAACUGGUCUUGGUUGCACUCGUAUGCUUCCUCUGUGUUGGCAUGUAUAACGCGCUCAGUGGUCUUGGUGGCGGUGGUCAAAUUUCUGCAAAGCCGGCGGAUAAUGCGAACUCGGCGCUUUAUUCUACCUUUUCGGUCGUCGGUUUCUUUGCAGGCACUUUUGCAAACCGUCUCGGAAUCAGACUCACUUUAGGUUUGGGAGGAUUGGGCUAUUGUGUCUAUGCUUCAAGCUAUCUAUGCUAUAGUCAUACUCAAAAUACUGGCUAUGUCAUCUUCGCAGGCGCGUUACUUGGUGUUUGUGCCGGUCUUCUCUGGACAGCUCAAGGUGCCAUUAUGAUGUCUUAUCCACCGGAGGAAUCGAAAGGAAAAUACAUCUCCUGGUUCUGGUCCAUCUUCAAUCUUGGAGGUGUCUUUGGUGCUUUGAUCCCACUUGCCUUGAAUAUCAACGACACUUCAAAUCAUGUUGUGAGCGAUGGUACAUACAUUGGUUUCAUCAUUCUCAUGUUCAUCGGUGCACUCAGCGCGUUAUGCCUAUGCGAUGCGCAUAAAGUUCGACGUGCCGAUGGAUCUCAUGUCAUUCUUAUGAAGAAUCCAACUUGGAACACCGAAAUCUGGGGACUUUGGUACACACUUAGGAAUAAUGUCUAUGUCUUCCUCCUGUUUCCAAUGUUCUUUGCGUCCAAUUGGUUUUACACAUAUCAAUUCAAUGGUGUCAACGGCUCACAUUUCAAUACACGAACUCGAGCGCUUAACAAUAUUUUAUAUUGGUUCGCACAAAUCAUCGGUGCUUUCUUGUCUGGCUAUGCCUUGGAUAUUCAAAGAUUCAAGAGAACUACUAGAGCUAGAGCCGGUUUGAUUGUAUUGAUCAUCCUGACUGCCGCUAUUUGGGGUGCAGGUUACGGUUUUCAAUCUAGUGUUCCUGAUCGUGAUGUUACUGGUAAACUUGAUUACGAGGGCAAGAUGGAUUGGACAAGUGAGGGUUAUGCUGAGGGAUUGGUGUUGUAUAUUGCCUAUGGAUUUUAUGAUGCUGUCUGGCAAUUAUCGGUUUACUGGUUCAUGGGUGCACUUUCCAAUUCCGGUAGAAAGACAGCAAAUUUCGCUGGUUUCUAUAAGGGUAUUCAGUCCGCUGGUGCUGCUAUUGCUUGGCGUAUCGAUGCAAUGGAAUAUCCAUACCUUACUCAAUUCGCCAUUACAUGGAGUCUUCUUGCUGGUUCUCUUGUUGUUGCAGCACCUGUCAUCUUCUUGAACAUCAAAGAAGCUACAUCAAUCGAUGAUGAUCUUAUUGAUACUGAUCUUAACUAUGCGGACAUUAUGCCUCAAGCUAUUCUUCUUGAUGAAGAUAAGCAUUAUAAUGGUGGUCAUAGCAGUUCAACAGACACACGUCGUCCAUUUAAUCCCACUCGGGAUGACAUGGAACUUCCUCAUCUUCGCCAUGAGAAGAAUUCCGAAGAUAUGGCUUAGACCGGCCACAGAAUCCAAGAGUAGGCUGUUACUGUUAGAAAAGUCUAUCCUCUCUUGGACCUGACUGGUUUCUUUUCUCUUAUUUACGAUUCCGAUGAUUAUUUACGCGUGGAAGGAUGGAGAGGUUGAAGGUUGUACUUUAUUUUCGUUUUUUCUCAUCACACAACAGUUGUUACAAACAACUGAUGGUGCAUGAGUACCGAGUAUUUGCUUGAGAUAGUAUUUUCGAUCUUGAUUUCGAUGCGGACUGUUUAUGGAUGUGCGAAAUGGAUGUGGGAUGCGAGUUUACAAAUAAGCAAAUUACGAAUGAAGGAUCAAUGUUUUAUCAGAAUGGAUGGUUGAGAUUUUUGCGGUUGAGAAUUGAUUGUAUGAAUGGGGCGAUGGUUAGGUGGUGGUUGUAUGGCAUGGCUAGGAUUGAAAGCAUAUGGUUGUGGUACUGAUUCUUCAAAUGGAUUCAAAACUUGAAGUGGAUACUUUAUACUUUUAAUUUUAGAAGUACCACUGAUAGGUUUGAUUGAAAUUUUUGAGUUUCGAACUUUUUUUUUAGAUACUGGAUGCAUGAUGCUUGUUGCUUCAUACAAUAUGCCUCUUAGAGCAUGCUAUUGUUGCAGAAUAAGUAGAUACUCUGGGUAGUGGUAGUGAUGGUAGUAGUGGUGGUGGAUUAGAUAGUCAAUUUAUGCGUGGCUUUUUA